AAGGAUAUCCGUCGCCUCACCAAAACCUCGCAGAGGUGUCGGUGGUGCUGGCCGACGCCAUCAAGCCGCUCGUUUCGAUGCUCCAACCUGACUCGCCCGGGUCGCAUCACGAGUCUGCUCUCCUCGCGCUCCUCAGUCUCGCCGUUAAAGACGAAAAGUAUGCUUUCUAAUCAAUUACUGCUUCUAUUAACUGAACGAGCUUUUUUUUUUAAAAAAAAAAAAUUAUUAGUACUAAAAUUUUCUAAUUUAUUGCUUUUAAAUUUUAGUUGAAUUUACAGGGGAUUCAUUUAAAUUCUCAAUAAUUAAAUUGAAAAUUUAGGCAUCGGAAUUAAUUGAAUAUUACGAUUUUUUUUUAAUAGUUGUAAAUUUACCUGAAAUUCAAGUUUAUGGGAAUCCAUUCUUUGGAAAACAUGUGUUGUCUUCAAAAUCUCUUUUUCUAGUCGCGUGACAGAUAAGACUACGAAAGCGUAUGGUUCAUUUUGCUCAAAGUGAGAAAGAGGGAUUCACAAUGACCCUUAUUACUUUCAAGCGUGGAAUUCGACUGUAAGUUGUUAGAAGAGCAUCGGUUAAAUAAAUUAUGAAAUGCGUUCUGAUGAGACGAUUGUAGCAGAAAUAGGGUGCAUUCUGCAUAAAAAAGGUUUAUAAAUAAUUGUCAUGAAAGAACAUUAGAGACUUUUCACAACUAGAGUCAAAAUGUUAGUUUGUUGAUUAAAAUAAAAGAGAAAAAUAAAGGAAAGGAAAAAAAAGAGAGUGCAUGACAAGAAAACUAAAUUGUAGAGUGGAAGUGUGAUGCUGUCGUGAAAGCAUGAAAGCGUAAAUAAUGAAAUAAAAGAUGAAGUGAAACAAAACUUAAAAGAAGUUAGAAAGAUGAAUUUAGGGUAAAGUGCAGUAAAUUGAAUUGCGAAAA